AUCGGGGGCGCGCGCCGACCGGCCCGCGCGCUCUCGCCGCCGUCGCCGGGCCGGAGCGGGAGCCCGAGCGCAGCCGGGGCCGGAGCGGGCCCAAUGGAGCCCCCGCGCGCGCCCGCUCUGCGCCGCCUGCUGCCGCCUUUGCUGCUCCUGCUGCUGCCACUGCCCCCCAGCGCCCGGGCCAAGUACGUGCGCGGCAACCUCAGCUCCAAGGAGGACUGGGUGUUCCUGACAAGGUUCUGCUUCCUCUCGGACUAUGGCCGGCUGGACUUCCGCUUCCAGUACCCUGAGGCCAAGUGUUGCCAGAACAUUCUCCUGUAUUUCGAUGACCCGUCCCAGUGGCCUGCUGUGUACAAGGCAGGGGACAAGGACUGCCUGGCCAAGGAGUCCGUCAUCAGGCCCGAGAACAACCAGGUCAUCAACCUCACCACCCAGUACGCAUGGUCCGGCUGUCAGGUGGUGUCAAAGGAGGGGACCCGCUACCUGAGCUGCUCCAGUGGCCGCAGCUUCCGCUCAGUGCGGGAGCGGUGGUGGUACAUCGCACUCAGCAAGUGUGGGGGCGAUGGACUGCAGCUGGAAUAUGAGAUGGUGCUCACCAAUGGCAAGUCCUUCUGGACGCGGCACUUCUCGGCCGAUGAGUUUGGGAUCCUGGAGACUGAUGUAACUUUCCUUCUCAUCUUCAUCCUCAUCUUCAUCCUCUCCUGCUACUUUGGAUAUUUGCUCAAAGGCCGGCAGCUGCUUCAUACCACUUACAAAAUGUUCAUGGCCGCGGCUGGAGUGGAAGUUCUGAGCCUCCUGUUUUUCUGCAUCUACUGGGGGCAGUAUGCCACCGAUGGCAUUGGCAACAAGAGCCUGCAGAUCCUGGCCAAGCUGCUCUUCUCCUCCAGCUUCCUCAUCUUCCUGCUGAUGCUCAUCCUUCUGGGGAAGGGAUUCACGGUGACACGGGGCCGCAUAAGCCACUCAGGCUCGGUGAAGCUCUCCGUCUACAUGACCUUGUACACCCUCACCCAUGUGGUCCUGCUCAUCUAUGAGGCUGAGUUCUUCGACCCAGGCCAAGUGCUGUACACGUACGAGUCACCGGCAGGCUAUGGGCUUAUCGGGCUGCAGGUGGCAGCAUAUGUAUGGUUCUGCUAUGCGGUGCUUGUCUCCCUGCGCCACUUCCCGGAGAAGCAACCCUUUUACGUGCCCUUCUUUGCUGCCUACACACUCUGGUUCUUUGCAGUUCCCAUCAUGGCCCUGAUCGCGAACUUUGGGAUCCCCAAGUGGGCCCGGGAGAAGAUUGUCAACGGUAUCCAGCUGGGGAUCCACCUGUAUGCCCACGGCGUGUUCCUGAUCAUGACGCGUCCGUCGGCGGCCAACAAGAACUUCCCGUACCACGUGCGCACGUCUCAGAUCGCCUCGGCCGGGGCCCCGGGCCCGGGGGGGAGCCAGUCGGCGGACAAGGCCUUCCCGCAGCACGUCUACGGGAACGUGACGUUCAUCAGCGACUCGGUGCCCAACUUCACGGAGCUCUUCUCCAUCCCCCCGCCCGCCUCCGCCGGGAAGCAGGUGGAGGAGACGGCGGUGGCGGCGGCGGUGGCCCCGAGGGGCCGCGUGGUGACCACGGCCGAGCCGGGCGCGGCCUCUCCGCCCCUUUCCGCUCGGCACCCCAAGGCGGCCGACCGGGGCUGGGACGGCCCGACGCCACCCUACCAGCCGCUCGUACCCCAGACAGCGGCGCCGCACACCGGCUUCACCGAAUACUUCAGCAUGCACACGGCCGGGGGCACCGCACCCCCGGUCUGAGCACCCCUGUCCACCCCUGGCCCAAGGGCCGCGCGCCGGGCCCCGGCGGGGCUCCGGAUCCCCGCUCUAUCCCGGCCCCAGGGCUCGGCCACCCCAGGCCCUCCCGACCCACCCCAUCCCGUGUGCGCCCAGGUCGGGGUGCGUAGUGUCCCCCUCCCCCUCCCCCACCCCCGCCUCUGUGCCAAACGGUCCAGCGGGAGCCGCUAUCCCCGUCCCCUCCCUCAGCCCCUGCCCCGAACGGCGCCGGAAUCUGGUCUCCCGCUGUUCCGUGACCUCCGGCCCCCUGGCCCCCUCCGAGACCUCUGACCCCGCGGGACCCCGGAACACCAGUGACGAUCGUCCGGAUCUUGCCCGCGACCCUCCAGGACGCCACGAACCCGAGCCACUGCUCCUGGGACUGACGUAUCGGGAAGCUGGUCUCUGCUCUGAACCCUCACUUCCCGGGGAUUGCUGUGAUCUCGGACCCGUGCUGUCCACCCCUAUCUCCAGGCCUGGGCCCGCCCUUGGGUUCCCGGCAGAAAGACUUUUAUUCCCGUUCUGGCCAAAAUAAAGAGGACUCGUUGAGUUUUUCACUAUAA